UUUCACUUUCAAUGUCUUCUUCAUCUAACCUCACAAACCCUUUUUCAUUUCCCUUUUAUUAUUCAAAGCUUAAAAUACCAAGCAAAAACUAUACUCACACAAUGAGCACAGAAACCCCAGAAAUAUCACAAGAUAACACUCAAGAAAAAGUAGCAACAAUAGAACUUGAUAUUCAAGUAUUCUAUAAGCUCUAUGUUCAACCCUUUAAAGGUCUUCCACCUUUAGCAACCGAAAAUGAUUUCAUUGUGUCACCAAAUAUUAAGUACAAAAUAGAGAUUCCUCUUUUCUUUCUCAUUAAAAAUCCAAAUUUUUCUUCCUUUGAUGUGGCUCAAAAAUUAGCAAAAUUACCCAUUAGUCAUGAUUUGGCGGCUUAUAUAGAACCACAUAUUGUUCAAAAUGCUGUUGAAUUGGGGAGAAGGAGUGGAAACAAGGGGUUUAAGAUUGUCUUUCAUGUUAAAGUUGUUGAGAUUGAUUUGGCAAAUACUCGUGAAUGUGAAGGGUAUCGUAGACGUGGUCUUGCUUAGAAUGAUUAAGCAUUGAAAUGUUGUAAGUAUAUUUGCGUUGAUUAAAAUCUCCAUUUGUAUACUUUUGUUAGUGUUUUAUUUCUUUCAUCUUAUGGAAGCUUCUGUCUUUUUUAAACCUCA